UGGCAUUCCUACGCAUCUCUUCACCAUUUUUAUUGAAUAAAAAUGUAGAGAGAGAAAAAAAACAAGAUAAAAAAGAAAGUUUUGCAGAGUUGCAGGUUUUAUUGCAGAGCUCUGCCACAACUAGUAUUUUAACUUUAUUUAUCAAAUAAUUCUACCUGUUUGCUAGUAUUUUCUUUUCUUUUUUCUCGUCUGUAAAUAUUCACAGGCCUAUCUUUGCCAGAGUCGAUGUGAUUGAACAAGAAAUGCUAAGCUAAGCUAUGAAAAUUUGAAACUGUAGCUAUUUUUUCUUCUUCAUUACAGUGUCAGAAUUUCUCUCACCUCUUAACUUCACUGCUGUAAUAAGCUACAUUAUUCAAUGUCGGCUACUGCUUCAAUGAGUCCCCUUUGACUGUUUCUUCUUCUUCUUCUUUAUUUCUCUUCUGGGUUUUAACUACACAGUUGAUAAGAAAAUUUGGUUUGAUUCUCUGGUGUAAGUUUUGAGUGGAGAAAAUGAAGAUGGGUGGUGGUUUUUGAGUGAAAUUUGAAGGGCAAUAAUGGCAUUUCGUGUUGACUUUGUUCUUCUUCUGGUCCUCUGUUUGAGUUUUGGUUCUGUAGAUUCUGAUGAUGGGGCAACUUUGUUGGAGGUAAAGAAAUCCUUCAGAGAUGUUGAUAAUGUUCUAUAUGACUGGACUGAUUCUCCAUCUUCAGAUUACUGUGUUUGGAGAGGAAUUGUUUGUGAUAAUGUCACCUUUAAUGUCAUUGCACUUAAUCUGUCUGGUUUGAAUCUUGACGGAGAGAUCUCACCUUCAAUUGGGAAUCUUAAAGACCUGGUUUCUAUUGAUCUCAGGGGAAAUCGUCUUUCCGGGCAGAUCCCUGAUGAGAUUGGUGACUGUUCAUCUUUGAAAAGCUUGGACUUGUCGUUCAAUGAGAUAUAUGGAGAUAUACCUUUUUCAGUUUCAAAGUUGAAGCAACUAGAAUUUCUGAUUUUAAAGAAUAAUCAAUUGAUAGGGCCAAUUCCAUCUACUCUAUCUCAGAUUCCUAACUUGAAAGUUCUUGAUCUGGCACAAAAUAGACUAAGUGGGGAGAUACCUAGACUUAUUUACUGGAAUGAAGUGUUGCAGUAUCUUGGUUUAAGAGGAAACAAUUUGGUCGGUACAAUUUCUCCGGACAUGUGCCAGCUAACUGGGCUUUGGUAUUUUGAUGUAAGAAACAACAGCUUGACUGGGAGGAUUCCUGAAAAUAUUGGCAACUGUACUUCCUUUCAAGUCUUAGACUUAUCGUACAAUCAGCUUACCGGAGAAAUUCCAUUUAACAUUGGGUUCUUACAAGUCGCCACAUUAUCAUUGCAAGCUAAUCAGCUUGAGGGGAAGAUUCCAUCAGUAAUUGGCUUAAUGCAGGCACUUGCUGUACUAGAUUUAAGCUGCAACAUGUUAAGCGGAACGAUACCACCUAUUUUGGGCAACCUGACAUACACAGAGAAACUAUAUCUGCAUGGUAAUAAGCUAACGGGAUCCAUUCCUCCAGAGCUUGGGAAUAUGACUAGACUUCACUACUUAGAAUUGAAUGACAAUCAACUCACGGGGCGCAUCCCAGCCGAACUUGGAAAGCUUACCGACUUGUUUGAUCUGAAUGUUGCCAACAACCACCUUGAAGGACCUAUACCUGAUAAUCUUAGCUCAUGUACAAAUUUGAACAGCCUCAAUGUUCACGGUAACAAGUUGAAUGGAACCAUCCCCCGUGCAUUUCAAAGACUCGAGAGUAUGACAUAUUUAAAUCUCUCCUCCAACAACAUUAAGGGUCCUGUUCCAAUAGAGUUAUCACGUAUUGGUAAUUUGGAUACUUUGGAUAUUUCCAAUAACAAAAUCAAUGGAUCCAUUCCUUCUUCACUUGGUGACUUGGAACAUCUCCUAAAGUUGAAUUUAAGCAGAAAUGAAUUGUUAGGUGUUAUUCCAGCCGAGUUUGGUAACCUGAGAAGUGUUAUGGAGAUAGAUCUUUCACAUAAUCAUCUGUCAGGAGUGAUUCCUCAGGAACUGACUCAACUUCAGAAUAUGUUCUCAUUGAGACUGGAAAACAACAAUCUUUCCGGCGAUGUAAUGUCUCUGGUCAACUGCCUCAGUCUUACUGCACUAAAUGUUUCAUACAACAACCUAGCUGGUGUUAUUCCUACAAGCAAUAACUUUUCAAGGUUUUCACCAAACAGUUUUACUGGAAAUCCAGGUCUCUGUGGCUAUUGGCUUAACUCUCCAUGCAAUGAAUCACAUCCAUCAGAACGGGUUACAAUUUCAAAAGCAGCAAUCUUGGGGAUUGCUCUUGGAGCUCUUGUAAUUCUUCUCAUGAUAUUAGUGGCAGCGUGCCGGCCGCAUAAUCCUGCACCUUUUGCAGAUGGAUCACUCGACAAACCAGUUACAUAUUCUACUCCGAAGUUGGUGAUUCUUCACAUGAAUAUGGCACUCCAUGUGUAUGAGGAUAUAAUGAGGAUGACCGAGAACUUGAGCGAGAAGUACAUAAUUGGUUAUGGUGCAUCCAGCACUGUGUACAAAUGCGUCCUGAAAAAUUGUAAGCCAAUCGCCAUCAAGAGGCUCUAUUCCCACUUUCCUCAAUGCUUGAAGGAAUUUGAGACUGAGCUAGAGACAGUCGGAAGCAUCAAGCAUCGGAAUCUGGUCUGCCUGCAAGGAUACUCCCUGUCCCCUUCCGGCAACCUUCUUUUUUAUGAUUAUAUGGAUAAUGGCAGCCUCUGGGAUCUCCUUCAUGGCCCUAUGAAGAAGAAAAAGCUUGACUGGUGUACUCGUCUUCAGAUAGCUCUAGGUUCCGCCCAAGGGCUCACUUAUCUACAUCAUGACUGUAGUCCACGCAUCAUUCACAGGGAUGUGAAGUCGUCAAACAUACUUUUGGACAAGGAUUUUGAGGCUCAUCUCACUGAUUUUGGCAUUGCAAAGAGCUUAUGUGUGUCGAAGACCCACACAUCUACGUACAUUAUGGGCACCAUCGGUUAUAUAGACCCCGAAUAUGCUCGCACUUCACGACUCACAGAAAAAUCUGAUGUAUACAGUUAUGGAAUUGUUCUGCUGGAGUUGCUGACAGGAAGAAAAGCAGUUGAUAAUGAAUGCAAUCUUCAUCACCUGAUUUUGUCAAAGACGGCCAACAAUGCCGUUAUGGAAACCGUCGAUCCCGAGAUCACCGCGACAUGUAAAGAUCUAGGAGCAGUGAAGAAAGUUUUCCAGCUCGCCCUUCUAUGCACCAAAAGACAGCCAACAGACCGACCAACAAUGCACGAAGUAACACGUGUUCUCGGGAGCCUCGUGCCGUCAAUUACACCACCAAAACAAUGCAACGCAGCUGCCCCACCGGGUCCAAUACCGUCCGCAAAAGUUUCGUGCUACAUGGACGAUUAUGCAAAUCUAAAGGCUACACACAUGGUGAAUUGUCCAUCAAUGAGCACAUCAGAUGCUCAACUGUUCUUGAAAUUCGGUGAGGUAAUAUCACAGAACAGUGAGUGAUAAAAUGCUGAAGUAUCAUAUGGUAGAAUAGAUAGGUAUGUUUUUGUGUAUAAAUGUUAUCAAUUAUUGUAGCUAGCUGAUGAGACUACUUUACUGGGAGGUAUCAAAAAAUUGAUGUUGUAGUUGUACCAUAUUUAUUUUUUAAAAAAAUUAUUGGUGCAA